AUGGGUAAGCCAUGCUGGUCCAAGGAGGAGGAAGACUACUUCAGGGAUGUAAUCAUUCCGCAAUCAAAGUAUGCCACCGGUGAACUCGUCGCCGAUAGCGGUCUUGAGUUUGCCGAACUGGUUUCUUCUAUGCAAACAGAGAUGAACAGACAAGGAGUGGCUCGGAGAAUAUACACUGGUGAAGGACUCUUCCAGCACUGGUAUCAAAGAUUCAGCAAUAGAGCUCGGGAUAGGCAUCAACACACUACUGAGCAGCCUCUCACUGUGGCAACAACUCCAGGUUCUCUUGUUGCCGAGCUUGAUAAGCGCAAUAGCCGUCGCAACGCCACGCCUUCUACCCAGAGCGGCACGCCUCCCGCCAGAACUUCUCGUCGACGAGCUGAUAGCUUUGCUCCGUCUGGCGCGUAUAUCCACCAAUCUACCCAGACAAACGUUGUCAUUGCACCUUACGCAGAUACCGCUGGUGAAGUCGAAAUUCGAAAUCGAGAAUCGAUUCACCUUGCCCCACCUGCUCUCUCAUUUGACAACAGCACUUCGGUGCACGUCUCGAAUCGUGUCUCGAAUCGGUCGCUAAGAUAUGCCGAAGAUACAGAUGAUGAGGAUGAUGGUUCCCCCAUUCUUAAGGAGUCUCUCAAGCCUACGAAGAAAGCUAUGCGCCCUUCUCCACGUGUAGCUCGGAACAUGGUCGCCCAGAGCGACGGCCGCUUGGGUUCACAAGCUGCUGCCGUCCAAAGCAUGCCGGCAAUGGGAUCGUUUCCUAGCCCGGAGUAUCGACCACAGCGUUCAACCUCUAGUCAGAGUCCUCUAUCAAAGGUGACUGGUGGUCGGAUCGUCGCACCAAAGCGUCCGGCAAAUUCGCUGCUUGCUGAACCUGCCAAGCGACCAAAGUCUUCCAUGACCAUGGAAGAAGCUUUGCGUCAAGCUAUGAAGAAAAAGAACGAAGCCUCCGGACAUUCCGAAACCGCCCCCACACAGAGUGCCGAUAGUGUCGAACUGGGUCCUCAGACAUCGAAGAAGCCAUACUCACGUCGUCGAGGAUUGAAACCAAUCCGUUCAUUGGACAACCCAAACUCGCAACAAACGAUUCAUACAUCUCACGUAGGUGACUUGUCUGAAUUGACUUCCCCGCUUUUGGCCAGUCCCAAGUCGCAACAGACACUUCAUACAACCCAAGUAGCUGGAUUGUCUGACAAUAUUUCCCCGCUUUCGACUACCCCAAAGUCGCGCCUUGGCCUGGACCAACCUACAUUUGAUAUCAGCCCAGGCCUAUCUUUCUUCUCUCCUGCAUCAGAAAUUAAUACGCCUUCUCGUGGCGCUAAUCCUCCCGUUCCUCGUUUCGAUGGUUCACCAUUUCCAGCACUCGACGCAUCCCGUCUAUUGACUAGCCCUAUCACAUCUAGUCCCAACGCCCUCUCCCGCCCGUCGACCCCACAUAUGGACUUGUUUGCUGCAUCAGCUAGCCAAAAUUCGGAGAGUUCUCGAGCUUCGCAUUCGCCUCUUACUUCGCGAUCAGACAAAAGCAAAGCGAAGAAGGACGCUGAGAAGAAGGCAUCAUCCAGAGCCAAAGCCAUCCUGGGCGAAAUCGAUGUUGAUGAUUCUGAUUGA